GUUGCAUUCUGUUUGACCGUGAACACUUUGUCUCCGGACGAUAUUUUCACGGAGGGCGUCAACUGGGGUAUAUCGUACGACUUACCGAACGAGAGCAAACCUGCCCUCGAACCCUUUCUAGAACUGAGACACGACAAAAUAAAACCACCGACCAAAUACGGUGGUAACUUGAUUCAGAAGAAACCGGUCAAGUAUUCCGGCUGGGGCAACAGCAACGAGAAAUAUUACUUGAAACCCGGCAAAUGGAAGUAUUCCAAACCGGAUUAUUAUUAUUUGCAACGGAGACACCGAAGGGACUUCUAUAGCAAACUGGAGAACAUCAUGAACGCGUAAGUACGGGUUAAUUAUGGUUCUUUUAUAAUUCGUUCGUUUUAUCG